GCAUGCAAUCGGAAACCUUACGCGACACACGUUCGAAGUUCUUGUUAGCAAUCUAGUUUAAUAUAGACAUCUGUGGUUAACACCCAAAGUUGAGGGUUUUAUUUUACUACACCCAAUUUUAUUUCUUUAUACGAAUAUUCUUUCUACCAUCUUUUUUCUUUUAUUAUACUGUAUACCGAAUUUUAUGUUUGAUGCGUUAAAAUAAUAAUAUACUUGCGUCAAGCUGUAUGAAGAUAAUCAUCAUAUGUAUCGAUUUGCAAAAACAACGUAGCAAUCAUGUUGGUGCUAUUCGAAACAGCGGCGGGAUAUGCAAUCUUCAAGUUGCUGGACAACAAUAAACUUGCACAGUCGGAGAAUCUGUACCAGGACUUUGCAACGCCACAAAGGGCCAGCGAAUUAAUUACAUUGAAGCACUUUUACAAGUUUGAGGACACGACUGAAGCAUUGUCAGCCACCACAGCAGCUGUGGAGGGUAAACUAUGCAAGUCCUUGAAGAAAGCUCUCAAGACAUACUGUGAGACACAUGACCAAAUAGCAGUUGCUGAUGUCAAGUUAGGCAAUGCUAUAAAGGAGAAACUAGGCUUAAAUUUUGUGAGUAACAUGGCAGUGCAGGAACUGAUGAGAGGUAUCAGGAGUCAAUUGGACAAUCUGUUGGCUGGAGUACCCAAGAAAGAGAUGACUGCCAUGAGGUUAGGAUUGGCACACAGCUUGUCCAGGUACAAGCUAAAAUUCUCACCUGAUAAGGUUGAUACUAUGGUGAUACAGGCAGUGAAUCUGUUGGAUGAACUGGAUAAAGAAUUGAACAACUACAUAAUGCGAUGCCGUGAGUGGUACGGCUGGCACUUCCCUGAGUUGAGUAAGAUUAUUCAGGAUAACAUGGCAUAUGUAAAGACGGUGCAGCUCGUCGGCAUACGAGAUAAUAUUGUAAAAUGCGACUUGUCGGACAUUUUGCCCGAAGAGAUUGAAGAACAAGUGAAGGAGGCUGCGGAGAUUUCAAUGGGCACGGAGAUCUCCGAGGAGGAUGCCGAAUACACGCAAUACCUGUGUAAUGAAAUAAUCCUUCUGUCCGAUUACAGAAUCCAACUGCAUGACUAUCUGAAGUCCAGAAUGAUGGCGUUGGCGCCGAAUCUGUCGAUAUUGGUAGGAGAACUGGUCGGUGCACGUCUCAUGUCGCAUGCUGGUUCCCUUGUUAAUCUUGCCAAACACCCAGCGUCUACCGUGCAGAUUUUAGGCGCGGAAAAAGCGCUCUUCCGCGCACUCAAGAUGAAAAAAGACACACCCAAAUAUGGUCUGAUCUAUCAUGCAAAUCUUAUCGGCCAAUCUUCGAAGAAGAACAAAGGCAAGAUGUCCAGGAUGUUGGCGGCGAAAGCUUCUUUGGCCACGAGAUUUGAUGCAUUGGGCGAGAACACCAGCUUCGAUCUUGGAGUGGAACAUAAGAAGAAAUUGGAGGCACGACUGCAGCUCCUUGAACUAGGAAAUGUACGCAAAAUUAGUGGCACUCUCAAAGCAAAAACCAAGUUCAAAAAGUAUCACAGCGACAACGAAUAUGCACAGUAUCCUACAUCUAUUGACUCGACUUUGAAAAAGGAUACUCCAAGCAAUGCCUUGGUUGAGGAGAUAAUUGAAGGAUCGCAGCAGGACAACGAAGAGGUAGAUAAGAAGAAGAAGAAAAAGAGGAAACGUAGUUUAAUGGCAACGGAGGAUGUAGGAGAGUCUUCCGGUGUGCAAGAAGUAAAAAUAGAAACCGAGUCGACUGAGCCGAAGAAGAAGAAAAAGAAACACAGCUCGAUGAUAGUAACAGAGGAAGUAGAAGAGGCUUCUGCUGUACAAGAAGCACAAGUGAAAACGGAACCAACUGAUAUACCGAAAAAGAAAAAGAGGAAACACAGCUCGAUGGUUACAACAGAAGACACAAGAGAGUCUUUUGGUAUUCAAGAAGCGCAAGCAGAAACGGAGUCGACCAAUUUACCGAAGAAGAAAAAGAAACAUAGUCUAACGUCUACAAUGGAGAUGUCUUCUGGUGUGCAGGUGGAAGAAGAUCUAUCUUCAUCGAAGAAAAAGAAAAAACGUGAUGUGGAACACAAAACUGAAGACGUAGCGGGCCCUUCCGGUACGCAAGAAUUACAAAUAGAUCUGGAUAUUUCAACAAAGAAAAAGAAGAAAAAGAUGAAGCAGGCACCAGUCGAAACAGAGAGUGUACCCGAUACAAUGAAGGAAACAGAGAAACAAGCAGAUAUUUCUGUACAAUUUCAAGCUUCUGAAACGAACGAAGGACAAAAGAAGAAAAAGAAGAAGAAGAAGAAAGAGAAGGAAUAAUUGUAAAUUAUAUUUGUAAU